CGCCAGUCAGCCGCAGAUCCGCGCGACCCGCCUCCCCGGAGGCUCGUCAGCCAAUCAUGCGUCGUGUUUCAGGAAUGAGGCUACGCAGGUGAUGUGGUAAUGGCGGAGUCACAGAAGAGAUCACGGUCUGUCAGAUCCAAAACAGAAGAACUGCAAAAAUGUGAUCACCUAAAGAAUCCCAUGAGAAAAUCGCACACAUUCAGCAAUGCACAGAAGUUAGUCCAGCCUUCAGCCUUGCAGUAUACAACAGAAGGAAAUCUCGGUGCUAGUAAAUUGGUGUCCCAGCCACCACUGAAACAUUCCUCGAAUGAGAAAAUCUAUCCCGAUAAUCCUCAGCAUCCAAUAGGGGCACAAAGUAAAAGUAAAGUGCAUAAAAAGUCAUUUCUGGAAUGUAAUCGCAGUAAACAGUUUCUUACUGAUGGCUUAGUUCUAUAUAAUGGAUUACAUGAUCAUAAUAAAGGUUCAGGCAUUAACAUGCUGCAACCUGGUUAUUUAAAUGCACAACAUUUAUCAUAUCCCAUCUUUGACAAGUCAUCCAGCAAAAAUGUGACCUGCUUUCCACAUGAAAAGGAAUCCAUGGAAAAACUAUUUUUGGACUUGGAAUUGGUCAAGCUCACAAAAGAAGACGAGGAUAGUGCCAGUGACCUUUCUGAUUCAGAACGACUUCCCAUCCCACCCUCUCCUCUUUCACCUCCAGAGCUCAAUCUGCGUGCUGAAGAGAUCAGUCCAGGUUACUUUAGUCAUUACUUACAACCCAAGGGCAAAGAUUAUGAUUAUCCAGAUUUUCUUCCUCCUCCUUACAACUCGUGGAACCUUAGUGAUGUCUCUGAAUUUCUAAACAAGGAAGGAAAAAAUGCACUGCAAGCAACGCCUUCUGGGUUUUUAGACCGAUAUGUUGACCGUCUUCUUCAGCUUGAAUGGUUACAGCUCCAAACUGUGCAGGCCGAAAAAGCAAAAAUGACUAAAUCUAGGCCUCAAACUGCACCUGGCUUUUGUAGUAAUGGGAAAUGUUUAGGAAAGAGUAAGUCUUGGCACAGUCCGUCGCCCAGCAAACAGAAUUCCAAUCAGGAUAAAGUUUUUAAAAUGACUUCUGCACAAGAGAAAAGUUCCCACACAAAAAAUGCCCAUCAUGAGAACUGUGAUCUAACAUGUUCUCGUAAAAGCCCUUCAAAAGUUCCUGGAUCAGUGGAUGUACAAUCUGUGUUCAAACAGGAUGUUAAAGUUGGCACAAAGAAAAAAUCUGCACUAAAUUACCAGCAAGCUAAGGACUCUGCAUCUGGAGAAAAGCUUGUGAAGGGACUAAGAGAAGCAGAUGGAAAACGCACCUUUUUAAACAAAGCAUAUUUUGGAAACCUGCAGCUUGGCAUAGAGCUUUAGUUUUUCAUAAGGCAAUCUGUUCAGGUGUGUAAAUCCUAGAUAUUUAUUAAUGUUUGUUAAUAGUUGUACUGCAGAUCCACUACACUGUACUGCAUGCCUAAUAUAUGCCCACGUAUUUGUCCAUGUGGUCAUGCUAAUUAAUUUGUUCCUAUACACUGUCAAUUUCUUUUUUUUGAUUGAAUGAAUCUACCUCCAAACGUAUGAAUAAACAGAGGAUUGUUGAAUUUGGUCUAGCCACGCUCAUAGGGUACCUUCUGAUCUCUGCUGACUACAUCAAGCCAAUAGACCUCUAUAGAAAAAUGUAAUGUUCCCAAUAGUUUUGUAUAAAGCCUCAGAUUUUUUUUUUCUUCUCAAUUUACUGCCUGUAAUGCAAGAGGUUAAGAUGAAGGCGUUGGGCAAGCGGCCGUUGUCGCUGCUAGGGCGAAUUUAUCUUUUGAAGAUGAAAGCACUUCCCAAAUUCACCUACCUUUUUCACCACAAUGGAUCCCAAAAUCUUUUUUCCUGCAACUAAAUAGGUUAUUCUUUUCAUUCUUAUGGGCAAAUCAGACCCCAUGUUAUAAGCUUACACAUUAUUGUUGCCUACUUUACAUGGUGGAAUGGCUCUUCCUGACAGUCACAAAUGCUAUUUGGCUACGCAACUAGUAAUAGCCCACUGAUGGUUGCAUCUGGAGGUUACCAAUUCCUGUACCAUGCUAGAAGUGCCAAUUCCUCCUUGGAGCCCUUGCAACUGUUGCUUUACCGUGGCCUUAAGGAUCUAUAUCCACUUACUCCCUCAAUGUUGACCAUGAUCAAAGCCUUUAAUUUGGGGCUUGGCCUGGAGGAAAGGGAUCGCCUCAUUUUUCCCCAUAUACCUCCCCCCGUAAUAACCCCCUACUACAGCAAUUUCAUACACUUCCUGACCCUCAGCUAUGGGCAAAGUACAAGAUAAAAUUCAUCUACCAUAUUACAGAGAAAGGAGCUUUCUUGUCCUUUUUUGCUUCUUAGGUCGAAAUUUAAUAUUCCUCCUCAUUAUUACUUCAGGCAUCUGCAGCUUGCUCAUGCCUUUGGCAGGCAAUUUUCUAAUAAGUCUAUCCGCUUGAAGUGCUCGGAUCUGGAGCUUCUUCUUCAUUCAGAUUCUCUAGAUAACAAGUAAUGUUCCUGCAUGGGACGAGACAUUGCUAGAAAAUCACAAGGCCAACUGAAAGCAUAAUUCCAACUUUGUUUUAUUUAUUACUGCACAAACCACUUUGUCAUUUAUUAUUCCUAAAAUUGUCUUUCGCCAUGAAUUUCUGUGGCUGCCGAAAAGAGAAUCAUAUUUCUCUUCCUUCCAACCACAGCAAUAGUCCUCAGUUUACAGGUUUGCUCAGAGUGCUCAGCCUCUGUUUCUGCAAUAAGCCCUCUGUUGGUCAUCUAUGUCUGCACAGAGCCUGAGUUCAAAUCGCAGGCACCCCUCGCAAUGUCCUUUUAAUGUACUGCACUAGGAGUUAUAUAUAAUCUGCCAGGGAUGCAUUGUUUAUUAUUACAGCAAAGGGAAUGAUUCCUACAAAGUUAAAGUGGUGCAUUCUCUGAAUUGAAAUGAAAACCAUCCCAGUACCUUUUUAUUCCCCUAUACCUUAACACUUGCCUGCGGUCCAUUGUCAAUCCUGCCAGCUCCAUGGCAAUCUGCACUGCCUCCCUGAACUUCCCAGUGUAGAGAAGGGUAAUGUCUCCUUAGCAGCCAGCGAGAUAAGAAAAUGCACACAAACAGGCAGAGGUGUCAGUAGCUUGGGGACUGGCCACAGGAGACGAAAAGAGGUUAAAGAAAAAUAAAACGUCAUAUAUUUUUGUUAACUCCCUCUUCCAAAAAUAAAAAAAGUUUUGGUGUAACUUUUAAGACUUACUUCAACAGUUGGGCUUGAGCAGUUUAUUAAGUUUGUUAAAAUCCUUGCACUCUAUAUAGUUGACCAAAGGGGUAUAUUUAGAAAGCAGUGAAUGUGCAAUUUAACAAACAUUCACUGCAGGUAAAUCGAUUACUGUAAUGUGCACCAGGAAGCUGCACCUACAGUGAACGUUUGGUGAAAAUCAUAUUCCCUGACUUAUAAAUCUACCCUAAAGUAUUUUAAAUGUGAACCUAUUUUUCAGUGAACGAAAAAGGAUUUUUUUUUUUCAUUAAGCUGCAUGUAAAGCUUUUCACCGAUUAUGAAAACCUGCAUAUUUUUAUUUAAUUGUUAAACAAAAAUCAGGCAAGUACCGUACAUAUUUACAAUAAGAUAUUUUAUUAAUUUGAAAAAUAAACAGUAGCUAGACAAAGUAAGUUUUUGUUUUCAUGUGACAUUUAUUUGGUAAAUAAUAUUGUAUGGAAAGUUGAUGGUGUUGUAUAAAAUAAAUGUUUUAUUUCCUGUU